AUGCCUAUUCCCAUCAUCGCCACUGGCCUAAGGGAGGGCAUCUCUGCCAUCCCAUAUGCCUGGACCGUCCUCCGCGUAGCGCCAUGGCUGAUCGCCCUCGCCGCGCUGAAGUACUACUUUGAAGGAGCCCGCAACGGCUCCGAGCGAAUGAUGCGUUCCAAAGUAGUAAUGGUGACGGGCGGCACAUCAGGGAUAGGAGCAGAAGUAGCCCGCGAAUUAGCAACCCGCGGCGCACAAGUCAUCCUCCUAACUCGCCAACCACCCUCAGACAUCUUCCUCUCCGAAUACAUCGACGACCUCCGCAACUCAACCAACAACCAGCUUAUCUACGCCGAACAAGUCGAUCUCGCUUCUCUCCACUCAAUCCGCACCUUCGCCACAAAAUGGAUCGACAACAUCCCGCCCCGCAGACUCGACUGCAUCAUCCUAGCAGGCGGCAUCGCUGAACCAUCCGGCUCCCGCCCCCUCACAGUUGACGGUAUAGAUCCAGAAUGGCAAAUAAACUACCUCGCCAACUUCCACCUCCUCAGCAUCCUCAGUCCAGCGCUGCGCGCUCAGCCCGCCCACCGCGACGUCCGCGUGAUCUUCGCAUCGUGCUCUAGCUAUAUCGGCGCGGACUUCAGCUCCUUGGAAUCUUUGACCCGGGGAAAGCAAGUCCAAACUUCCAAGCGCACCGCUACCAAACCCGCUCUUUACGCGAGACCCAAAGGCGUCUACGGCCUGAGCAAGUUGUGUCUGACUAUCUUCGCACAUUCCUUCCAGCGUCAUUUGAACGCUUACAAGCGUCCGGAUAGUCUGCCGCCUUGCACGCGUGUCAUUGUUGUUGAUCCGGGCGUUACCCGAACGCCGGGUAUGCGCCGCUGGUUGACAGGCGGGUCGUUGUGGGGUUUGCUUGUCUAUCUGAUUACCUGGCCGCUUUGGUGGUUGAUCUUCAAGUCUCCCUCACAGGGCGCGCAGAGCAUUCUGUAUGCGGCUAUGGAGGCGCAGUAUGGGCGUGGCGAGGGUGGUUGGUUAGUGAAGGAGUGUCGCGAGAUGGACUAUGCACGAACGGAUGUUCGUAGUGACGAGGCUGGAAAGAAGCUUUGGGAGUUCAGUGGGAAGAUGGUUGAGGAAGCGGAGAAAGAGAGUGCUGUUAUUCGCGCGCUGGAGAAGAAGGGUGUCGAGGCUGAGAAGGCCGAAAAGGAAAAGAGGGAAAAGAAAGAGCAGGCUGGGAAGAAAACUGAGGGCUCAAGAAGGAGCAAGAAGGCUCAGAAUAAGUAG